UGCAGGUUAAAGUGAGGGAAAAAAACCAAACCCAGAAACAUCGUUGACUGGAUAGAUUUUUUUUUUUUUCUUUUUUUUCCAACAUGAAUCGUGCUUUUAGCAGGAAGAAAGACAAAACAUGGAUGCACACUCCUGAAGCCUUAUCAAAGCAUUAUAUUCCCUAUAAUGCAAAGUUUCUUGGCAGUACAGAAGUGGAGCAGCCCAAAGGCACAGAAGUUGUAAGAGAUGCUGUUAGAAAAUUAAAGUUUGCAAGACAUAUCAAGAAAUCUGAAGGCCAGAAAACUCCCAAAGUUGAAUUACAAAUCUCAAUCUAUGGUGUAAAAAUUCUAGAUCCAAAAACAAAGGAAGUCCAACACAAUUGUCAACUCCAUAGGAUAUCAUUUUGUGCUGAUGAUAAAACGGACAAGAGAAUAUUUACUUUCAUAUGCAAAGAUUCCGAAUCAAAUAAGCAUCUGUGCUAUGUAUUUGACAGUGAAAAGUGUGCGGAAGAGAUAACUUUAACAAUUGGCCAAGCAUUUGACUUAGCUUACAGGAAAUUUCUGGAAUCUGGAGGAAAAGAUGUUGAAACAAGGAAACAAAUUGCAGGUUUACAGAAAAGAAUUCAAGAACUAGAAACUGAAAACACAGAACUGAAAAAUAAAGUUCAAGAUUUGGAAAAUCAGUUAAGAAUAACACAAGUACAUGCAUCUCCACUGCUGCACAUAAAGUGUGAUAAUGAUGAACAUAUGUUUCAAAGACCCUCUACUUUUUUCUGGUGUAACAAUGAGGAUUCACCUCCUUGUUUAGAUAUCUCUUCCAUUACGCUUACUCCUAGGAGUUCUCCUGACUCUAGACUACCAUCUGGAUUGUUAAUACCACCACCUUCAAAAAGUGGUCUUCCAAAGCCAACCAGUGAAUACAGCUGCCCAAGACCUCGUGCAGGCAGUGUGACACCUAAAUCACCCUCCACUGACAUCUUUGAUAUGGUUCCCUUUUCUCCCAUAUCCCCUCAGUCAUCAACACCUACUCGCAAUGGUACACAGCCUCCUCCAGUACCCAGUAGAUCUACAGAGAUCAAGAGAGACCUUUUUGGAGCAGAACCUUUUGACCCUUUUAGCUGCGGAGCAGGAGAUUUCCCUCCAGACAUUCAGUCCAAACUAGAUGAGAUGCAGCGUCAGCGAUGGAGGGGUUCAAAAUGGGAUUAACUCUUGAAGGCACAGUAUUUUGUCUUGAUCCACUAGACAGCAGGUGCUGAUGCCAAGAAACUAAAUGUGAAAUUCCUACACAGUGGUUUUUUAUUGAUUCUGAACACGUAUUCACAAAUAUUAUCCAUGUGCCAAAAAUUGCUUUUUUCAACAUGUAAACUCUUGUGAGAUUUGCUUCUGUAAAAAUCCAAUUUAGUUCCAGUCUUUCCCUGUACAAAUGUAAAAAGUUGUAUUUGUUUAUGAAAUAUUAAUUAAAUUACGCUGUUGUGUUCCUUUCUCUCACAUUUUGGCCCGAGUUUGCUAUGCUUUAUGACUAUUAGCCUGCAGGAGUUCUUCAGAAAGCUCACACAUACCUCUCUGUUUGCAGAUGUGCAAGCAUGAUUUUUACAUAAUACUUUACCUAGCAGCAUUUUGAAAUUAUGCUUUUAAUCCAUUAUUUAAUAUUCAAGCAGUAAAAUGGUUUAUAUCUAGUACAAAAAGUUCAAAUUGCAGUGAAAAAGCAGAAAAUACUAACCAUUAAUAUAUGCUUAAAAGGUAAAUCUGGAUGCUGUGUAAUUGAUUUCCAUUACUGUGCAUGGUUACUAUGCUGUACAGAUGUUGUUAUUAGCUUAUAAAAUCCAGAGAUUUCUAGGUCCUUAAUUCAUGUUUUAGAAACUAACAAAUUCUUAGUAUUUUAAUUAGUGUUUGAUGAGCGUAGAAGAACUGCUAAAUUGCAGAAUGGACAAACUGACUGCCCUUUGUUUUGGUAUUUUAUAGCUGAACUGUAAAGCAUGUCAUUUGGAGUUCGUUAUAUGAUAACCAUAAUUUAGAAGGAAGAUUAUGGUCUUGCAUUUACUUAGGAAUUUACGUAAUUUUAUGUAUAAGCAGGCACUCCAUUUACUGGGCUCAAUUCUGUAAGUUAUGUUCAACAUGCUGUUUACAGUCAGGCUCUGUUGAGUAUUUUUUUCAUUGUCUGCUUUAAUGUUACAUGUCUCACUAUAAUUUUGAAGCUUGCUGUGAGAGUUCAAUAUAAGUUAGUAAGUCCUUCAUACCCACUGGUUGUUCAUGUUACAGAAAUAACUACACACCAAAAUUUUCAGCUGCUAAUGAGUUGAACGCUGACCUGUCUAUGCAUACUCCUCAUUAAUCUUCAGCAUAAGCAAUAAAAUACCAUCUUAAGCCUAUCUCAGAAAAUUAUUAUCAUUAGUGCUUUAAUGCCCAAACUCCACAUUAGUUCAAUUAAAAACUAUAAAAAUUCUAAUAUUUUCCCCUCAAAACUUAGAGAUGUGGGAGGAAAAAAAUUUCAGAUUUUUUUUUAAAUAUUUUCUUUCCUUUUUCAUGAAGUUUUUUUUUUGUGAUGAGAGGUUUUGUCCUUAGCAGUGACAGUUUACACCAAAAAUGCAUUUUGCAAAUUCAUGAUCACAUGUAUAUCGUUAUGCCUUGUUCAACAAAGUACUUCUGCAUGUACUUUUGAAGUCCAGUGAAAUGAAUGGGAUUAUUCCAUUGCAAAGUUUGAUGAAUGCUCGGGUACCUUGCUGAAUGGGGGCCUUAAUGUCCUACAUUACAUUAGUCUUCAUCUCUUAUUCUGUGUUUAACAUUCAUAUAGAGUAUUAUAUAUAAAUAUAUAUAUAAAAUAUAUAAAAUCACUAACAAAUAGAAUAGUAUAUGUUUCAUAAGGAAAAGUCUUUAUAAUUUUGUUUGUCAUAUAGUAUUUUGGAAUUUGUAUAAUGAGGAUGUUUAGUAGCCAUAGCAAUGGCCUUUUUUAACAAAUAGAAUUUGUAUUUUUAUUGUACUUUAAAAAGCUUUACAUAAUAAGCAUCUAUUUAGUGGUCACUUAUUAUCAACGGUAACACUAAGAUAAUAUUUGCACAUUUUAAGAAACCUUUUUUGUUUCUGAUUUUUAUGAUAGUUGACUGCAAAUGGCAUGGUUAAAUAUUACAUACCUGGUCAAUCCAUACAAAAAUAAUCAACAAAACAGUGCAUUUUUAAUGAAAAGGUUAUGUGAUCCAGUUGGAAACUGUAUUUCUAUGUAAUCUCAAAUGUCUGUUUAAUUUUGCCUAAAAUAAAUGUUUUUAAAUAAA